AUGCGCAACGAUCUUCUUCGGGUCGUCGAAGACGCAGACAUCAUCCAAGCCCGGGAGGCUGCGGCCAUCAAAUGCAUCCUGAUCGAGAAGAAAAACGACCCCGUCCUGUACCGAUGCGUUGUCGACAGACUCCGCCAGGCCAAUAUCGGGAGGUACCAGAAUUGGUCCGACUGUCACCUUUCCAGGCAGUUCUACCACUGGACCGCAACGGCGGCUGACGAAGAACGACCGUGUCUCGAGUUUUUCCUCACGGUUCAUGCUGCUCACAAGUUCCUCUCGCAUCUAUCGACCGACAAAUUUGGCCAAGAAGUCAGGAAGCGCCAAUUGCUGCGAUGGGCCGUGGAGCAAAUUCUACCACAGCCAAGCGAGUCGGAAACAGAAACACCCGGUCCGAUCAAGAAAGAAAAGCGCAACGACAAGCAAUCCUUGGCCCGGACUGCAGCCACUCCCAGCUCCCAAGAGAGCUGCGAAAAACCCCUCCCGUCAGUCGAACAGUACAGUCAACGACCUGGUCAGAAGUCAGCCACCAGUCGUUCAUUCCAAGCGACUCCACGGCUGGCUUCGCCUUUUCUCUCUGGCUCGUCAUUCAAGAGACAGGCAGCUUCUGAUUUCGAAGAAGAAGAUGACGCCAGUCGACCGUACAAGGUUGUCAAAACUCACCACGAGCCGCGACGAGCCAAGAUACCCACAACGGAUGCUGCAACUCAGACCACCGCGGAAUACACACCGGAUAUGGUCAGCAAGGUUGUUGACACGAUCAAGCAAGCUUUUGGAGACGCACUGGGCCAACAGACCCGGAGUCUCACCGACUUCCUCCCCACGGCAGUGAGGCAAGCUUUCCGACAGGACGUUGCCGAUGAGGUUACACGUCAACAGCCCGUCGACGUGGUUCAGCCUCGAGUGAUGCGACCAAUGGAACCCGAGAUGGCACUGGCACGACCAACAUACCCGACCUACGUGUCUCCCGUACGCGCUCAACCUCAGGUUUACGAUGUGGUGGAUUAUCCAUACGAUGUUCGCCAGUACGAAGACGUCCGCACAAUUGGGGGGCGAGGGGGAGGCAGAGGGGUGACGACCAUCAUGGCCGCGGACUUGGAUCGGUUGGUGGGCUUGGAAGCCUAUCGUAUCGUAAGGGGACAAGAGCAGCGCGGACUCUGA